GAAUGUUCACAUUGUGUCUUGUCCUGGUUCUCCUUUUUAAAGCCGGUCAUCCAGUUUCUUUUCAUUAUGCUCAUCUUGGAGAUAGCGUAACUCUGCAAUGCUUUGAUCCAGGCAAAAGUCCUCACAUUUUAUGGUACAAACAAACUGCAGGACAGAAGCCUGAACUUAUUUCAACUAUUUUCAAUGUUGGUGGAAUAACAUUUCACAAUGAUUUCAAGAACAACCCUCGGUUUACAGUUCCUGGUGGGAAAGGUGUGUUCCACCUCAGGAUCUCAAACAUCCAGCCGUCUGAUUCAGCAAUUUAUUACUGUGGGGGAAUUGAUUUAUAUGCAGUCGAAUUUGCAACUGGAAUAUUUCUCAUUCUCAAAGGAUCCAGCAAGACUGUUCUUCAGCAACCAGUUUCUGAGUCGGUUCAGCUAGGAGACUCUGUGACUCUGAACUGUACAAUAAACACUGAGACCUGUGAAGGAGAACACAGUGUCUAUUGGUUCAGACAUGACUCAGGAGAAUCUCCUCCAGGAAUCAUUUAUACCAAUGGAGACAGGAGUGGUCAGUGUAUGAAGAGCCCUGAGUCUGGGUCUCCUACACAGAGCUGUGUCUACAACCUCCCCAAGAGGAACCUCAGCCUCUCUGAUACUGGGACUUACUACUGUGCUGUGGCCUCAUGUGGAGAGAUACUGUUUGGGAAUGGGACGAAACUGGAUGUUGGAGGCAAUUACACUGAACCUGUAUUCUUGGUGUACUGUCUGGGAGUAGCAUUGGGCGUCUCAAUCAUCCUGAUCAUUGUACUUACUUACAUUAUUUACAAGAUUAAUUUGAUGACAUGUCGGCAGUGCAGAGACUCUCAAACCAGAGGUCCAACAGUUUACCGGUCAGUUGCAGGGAACCAGGAUGCAGACAAUCUUCAUUAUGUUGCUUUGAAUCUGAACAAGAACAUGUCGAGAAGACAGAGAAAUAACAUGGAGGAAGAAACAGUUGUAGUAUACGCCGGAAUUAGACAAUAGAACAGGAGGAAUUAAUGAAUGUACCUAUUACUGUAGCUGUUUUUUGACUACAGUGUAUCUAAACUUCAUAAGCUCUUUCAACACAAAUGUAUUCAGUAUAAUGUGAAGAAAUCACUGUGGUCAUUCAGGUCCAGACUGGUUAGGAAUAGAGACCCAAACAUGGAUGAAAUGAGGGGUGGGCUGUUUCCAGGGACACCAAACUUACAAAACACUCAGGCCGCUUGUCAUGGGCUGAGCCGAUUUGGGGGAGAUGCGCAGUGUUGUCGAAACAACUUAACCAUCCAAACUGUGUUAAUAUCAGCUGUUGAAAUUCUCUGUGGUGACCAAACAACACCCACUUCAACGCUUUGUAU